CAUGAUUGACGCCUCAGAUAACUGUCCGCUUAAAACGGCAGUUUUUCUGAGAGGAUGUGAGAAGUCAGUGUGAAUUUUCCCCCACUGAACGAAAACAUGGCAAGAAGCCAAGGGGCCAACCAGGAGCUUACCGAGGUGCUAAACCAACUCUGGCGCCUAGAUACCAACCGUCUCAGGCCAGGGACCGAUUACAUCAUUUCCCUCCAGGGGAGAGCAGGUUAUGUGGCUCAGGGCAGCAACUACGCCAGAGACAAGGCCAGAGCGCCACUCUUCACAUAUGUCAACGAGGACAAACUGAAGAGUAUCAAGACUUAUGCUCAUUUCAUCAACUUGCUGGACAACUACGAGAUGUCUACGGGUGUAUCAGAGACGGUUACAUCAGAGGAGCUCAAAGAGAACAGGCUCUUUAUCGACGCCAUAAUGGAGACAGACAUCAUGAAGUGUGCUCACAAGUAUCUGGUCAGGAAGGGACAGUCGCCAUCAGACGUGUCGCAGUUCAAGAGACAGCUGUAUGACAUCUGGUUCCGCCUGUACCACAGAGAUAGAAGCGGAGGUGAGGAUUCCUGCGGAUUUGAACACGUGUUUGUUGGAGAAACCAAGUUCGGCCGGGAGGUCAUGGGUCUUCACAACUGGAUCCAGUUCUACCUUCAGGAGAAGCACAAUCACAUUGACUACAAAGGCUACAAAGCCAGAGACAGCAAAGAUACUCCAGAUGAAGACGACCACGUCCUGAACCUGCAGUUCAGCUGGAAGGGUUUGGUGAAACCGAUUGGUGGCUCCUUCAUCGGAGUUAGUCCUGAGUUCGAGGUAGCUCUCUUCACCAUCAUCUUCCUCAUGUCGACUGAGAAGAUGACAUCUGUGGUGGUGAAAGUGGAUGAGUACGUGCUGGAGCUGGUCGUCUAUCGUCACGGGCAAUCUAUCGGCACGUCUUACCCCAAACUGCGUAGCAGCAACAACAGGGAUUUGUAAUAUCACACUACCGCAGCUGUCAGCUGUUGUGUAAGAUUUACAUGUUUUUGUUUACUUCAUUUCUAUGCAGUAUAACCCUAAAACCAAUCUGGAUCAGGUUCUCUUUGCACUAAACAUCAGGCUUAAACUAUCUAUAAUGAGAAGAGGUUUUAGCCUAAACCUCCUGAUCUAGGUUGUCUUAAUAGAAGGAAUAUAGAUUAUUGUUAAUCACAUUUCUGUCAUAUUCUGUAUGCAUUUAUUGAAUAAAUAAAACUUCUUUGUU